GUGAUCAAGCAUCUCCGCAGCAUCAACUUCAGCAGCAUGAAAUCCGUCUUCUUCAGCCGCUUUUUCAUCCUGCUUCCGUGGGUGCUGAUCGUCAUCAUCGUUAUCGAUAUCGACACGAAGAGAUCGACCGUGAGCAACACGGCGCACUCGUACCUGUCCCGGCUGGGCAGUGCAACUCGGCGGGACACAGCGCCACAGACGCGCAACCGCACCGCCGCGCCGCCGCUCAUCUACGCCAUCACUCCUACCUACAGCCGCGCUGUGCAGAAAGCCGAGCUCACCCGCCUGGCUAACACCUUCCGGCAGGUUCCGCACUUUCACUGGAUCGUAGUGGAGGAUUCGAGCACUCGUACCGAGCUGGUGACGCGCUUCUUGGCGCGCUGCCGCGUCCCGUACACGCACCUGCAUGUGUUCACUCCGCGCAGGUAUAAACGCAUCGGCAUGCCGCGCGCAACCGAGCAGAGGAACGCCGCGCUCAGCUGGCUCCGUGCGCACCGCACCACCGCCAACACCGGCGUGGUGUUCUUCGCUGAUGAUGAUAACACCUACAGCCUGGAGCUGUUCGAGGAGAUGCGAUCAACAAAAGGAGUAUCAGUGUGGCCGGUGGGACUUGUAGGGGGUCGCAGAUAUGAGCGACCCAUUGUAGAAAAUGGCAAAGUGGUGGGCUGGUACACAGGCUGGAAGGCAGACCGACCUUUUGCUAUUGACAUGGCAGGCUUUGCAGUGAACCUGCAAGUGAUCCUUGCCAACCCACGAGCCCUGUUCAAGAGGAGAGGAGCCAAGCCAGGCAUGCAGGAGUCGGACUUUCUCAAACAGAUAACCAAGCUGGAGGAGCUGGAGCCAAAAGCUCGCAACUGCACCCAGGUCCUGGUGUGGCACACCCGCACAGAGAAGGUCAACCUGGGGAAUGAACUCAAAAGGCACCAGGACUCUGUUCAGAUCGAGGUCUAGUGGACAGGACCGCUGUGGAAAAGCUCAGAACAUGUUGCACGUCGGCUGGACGAUGUACCCACCGUGCCCGACGCUGACUCAGUGUCAGCUGCUGAACUGUCAGCCUGUUGAUAAAUGCUAAAGCUCGGCGUGAACUCAGACGGUCGUCUUGUUUACAGCAGAACUCUGGAUUCGUCUUUCAUGCUGUGAAUGUUUUUUUCUUUCCUGCUACAUAACUUGAUUGUAAAACAUUCUACUUGAUAAGAUGAUCCUGCUACAUAGGGAGGACAAACUGGAAUAUAAAAAAAAACCACAAAAAAAACCAGCUGGAAAGUCCUAAAUGUGAACGGAAGGUGAUUUGUACCCAGACUGCUAAACAGGACAAAUCUGAAAAGCCAAAAAAGGAAGGAAUCAGAAAGAAGGAAGAGCAUCCACCUUGAUCAAGAUGAAUAGCUGCUCAGGAUCAGUGGAGGAACGUUCCAGUACGAAGCUGGAAGCAUCUGCACAAGUACCAGUCAUUGAAAUAAAGACACUUAGCUUAACAUGUACAUUCCAUGGACAUAUGUAACUGGGUCAACGACAUUAAAUGCUGUUAAAUCUAAUUAAUACAACAAAUAAAUGGAAUUGCGAGCUAACCGGGAAAUGACUGCACCAAUAUAGAACUGCGAUUUCAUUUUGAUCCACAAUGACCGAUGCUGAAAAUACAGAAAAGCAUGAUAAUCCAUGUACAGUAGAUGCUCUGGAAUCGUAAACCCACUGGUAACCUCACUGAGGUGCAGACAAACUGUGCGUUCACUGUCUUUAAGGGCACAGUGGUGCUAAUGAAUUUGGGGCAGCGUUAUACUUCGCAAAUUACAAUAUCUGCAGAUUUC